GAAGUGAGUUAUUGAUCAAAGUUGUCGGCAGCUUUGUGCAGUCGUGAGUGUUUAACGCGAACAGCUUCAGUUUCAGAAUCGCUCAGUUAAACUUUACUCUCAGUUGCUUGCUGAAAAUUUCUGGACUUAAUCUUAAAUUGUGGAACGUUUCACACUUAACACUACUUUUCAACAAGAGGUUGUCGCUUCAUGGGUGGACUUUGUGAAGUAACAUCAGCGGCUGCCUGUUUAAAGGGCUGACCCAUGUGAGGAGAGUGGAGUUCGCACACACAUACAUACGCACACACGAACACACACACACAUGGACGGCAUGGCUUCUUUCUCCAGCACCUGUGGCUCCAAGGUGGACCGGGCGUCCCAUCAUAGAGGUGAAGACAGGCAAGGGACGCCCAGUGACAGCGACUGCAGUGCUGUGCUUGAGAAGACCAGAGAGUUUUUUCAGAUUUGUGACAUCGAGGGCAAAGGCUUCAUUACACGACGGGACAUGCAGAGGUUAAAUGGAGAGCUUCCUCUUAAUGCUGAGGAACUUGAGAACGUCUUUGACACUCUGGAUGCAGAUGGCAAUGGAUAUCUGACCUUUGAGGAGUUCUCCUCCGGAUUUAGUGAAUUUAUGUUUGGUCCAGGUGUGAUGUCAGUAGAUCCACAUGCAGGCAAGGAGCCAGUCUCAGGAAAGACUCCAGAAGUGCUGUAUGAGAGCCAAUGGGAGGAGAGACUAAGCAUAGGAGAGGAUGAGGAGGAGAAACACUUCUGCAUGUUAAUGGAGAACUUGGGGGCAAGCAACAUCUUUGAAGAUCCAGAAGAGGUGCGGAGUCUUUGGGUGCAGCUCAGAAGAGACGAGCCUCACCUCCUGUCCAAUUUUGAGGAGUUCCUUGCCAGGGUCACUUUUCAGAUCAAAGAGGCCAACCAAGAGAAGAAAGAGAUGGAGACAGCCCUUAAAAGGAAAGCGGCGACACAUGAUGAUGAAAUCCAGCGGCUGUAUGAAGAAAUGGAGCAGCAAAUCAAGAAUGAGAAAGACAGGAUAAUUUUAGAGGAUUCUGAGCGUUUUUUGUCUCGCAGUCAAGAUUUGGAGCAUCAGCUUUCUGCUAAAGAGAAGGAGCUGGAAAAUCUUUCAAACAAACAGAAACGGCUGGAGCAUCAGUGUCGAGAGCUGCACAGCGAGCAGCGGGAGACGGCCGUGGAGAAUGUCAAAUUAAAGCAGUAUAAUGAGGACUUGAGCCGAGAGCUGGAGAACACCACGCAGGAGCUGAGUCUGGCCCAGGAGCAACUCAUGCUGCUGCAGGAACAGGCCUCACGUCUGCACGAGGAGAGAGAGAUGGAGAUUUAUAGGGUUACAGAAAGCUUGCAAAGAGAAAGGGCAAGUCUUCUCAAGCAGCUUGAUUUGCUAAGGGAAAUGAACAAACACUUACGAGAUGAAAGAGACAUGUGCUAUCAAAAACCAAAUCCUUCUGCUGCAAAACUCUCAUGGAAACAGAGGUCUGAAUCAAUUACCAUGAAGUACUCUGAGCGGAAGCAGUCAUCUAAGAGCGACGAGGAUGAAGAGGUUCUGUCGCAAUCUAAGCGGAAGAACGUGAUUGGAGUAAAUGGGCACAGCGUGGACCUGGAGGACAUGGUAGAUGGACGUCCUCCUUCAAAACACCAGCUCCAGAGGAUCAUCUCCAUCGAGGAGGACCAUCUUCCUCAACUCCUUCAACAGGGUUAUCAAGCUCAGCUCAGGGAAUGGAGUGAAGAUGAGGAGUUGGAGGAGGGCAUGGACCUGCAGAUGAGCAAUAUUUACCCCACAACCAGCACUCCUACCUCUGUUUCACCUCCUCCAGGAGUCGCACCCACACCCACCUCACCCAGGGGACAGCCUGUGGGCAAAGAGACAGUUCAGUCGGAGGAAGGGGCCAGUUCAGGCCCAGAUCGUCUGUUUAAGAUUGUUAUGGUGGGGAAUUCUAGUGUGGGAAAAACAUCUCUUCUACGUCGCUUCUGUGACAACAGUUUCCACACUGGUACAUGUGCUACUGUAGGUAUCGACUACAGUGUGAAGACUCUGACAGUGGACAACAGCCAGGUAGCCUUGCAAAUGUGGGACACAGCAGGACAGGAGAGGUAUCGCAGCAUCACCAAGCAGUUUUUUCGCAAGGCUGAUGGUGUGGUAGUGGUGUAUGACAUCACGAAUGAGCUGACUUUCACAGCAGUGAGGCAAUGGCUGGCCAGCGUGCAGGAAGGAGCAGGUGAGGACAUUCCCAUCAUGCUCCUGGGGAACAAGACCGAUCUAGACAACCAGAGAGAGAUUCCUCUGGGAGUGGCAGAGAAAUUAGCCAAGGACUUUCAGCUGAUUUUCUAUGAGUGCAGUGCUUUUUCAAGCCACAAUGUGACCGAGUCCAUGAUUCACAUGGCAAGAGUUCUAAAGGAACAAGAGGACAGAGAAAAAGAGAAAACCGUGUCACUAGCAGACAGCCAUGCUAAAAAGAAGUCCUGCUGCUAGUAGAAAGUCACCCAUAAACACUCACAGACUUUUUGCUUCUGCAUUUUAAUGGUUUGGUGUUACUCCUUAUCUGUUUUUCUUCAUCUUAUGUUCCUGUUUUCUCUCUUUGUACGGCUACUGUGGAGUUCAAAAUGUUUGGUCUUUUUAUACACCAGUACCUCUUUAUAGUGUGAAACGGAUGAGUUUUAUCAUAACAGUUAGAUGCAGGGCUUUAAGUAGAGCACUAUAGUUUCGUACAUUACUACAGUCAAACAUGUCCCUAUUAAGGUUAUUUAAAUCACCAGUCACACUAUUGAAGUAAACAAAUCUGUAUUUUUGUAUUGACAAUUGUUGUAAUUUAUCUUUUUAAUAUGAAGGUCUAAGAAAGUGUAUUUUAGAUGAGCAAAAUAAGCUCCUACACGCUAGUUUGUUUACAGCACAGUCAUUUGCACAAAUGUGUUAUUUAUUACUUAUGUGAUGAAUUGAAGAUAUUGAUAUAUUUCUUUAUUAUUCCGACAUAUUCUGAAAAAUGGCUCUAUUUGCUAUCAUCAGCAUGAAUAUUUUUAAUACACUGCCAAGAAGUAAACAUACAGUUUGCAUAAGGAUUCGUUUUUAACAGGGUUCAGUGUUGUACUGAAUAAAUCAUUUAUCUGUUGAAAUAGAGUUAGUCUAAUAUUGAUUUCAGGUCACUUUUUGAUUUUGUGCCAACAGUAAUGUGUAUAUGUAGUCUGUAUUUGCAAUUUAAUGCAGUCAGUGUUAAACCAGUGCAAAAUGUCUCAAAGCAGUUGUUGAUGUUCACACUUAUUUUAAAUAAUAUAAAAUGCAUUAAUUGUCCACCAGGCAGUGGAUUUAUGCACAUCUGUGAUGAGGUCUACUGUAUGCUGUGUUUUUCACAAUGUGAUUCUUGAUCUGUAACUUGAGUUUUCAUAUUGAUUCACACAUAAUUACUGGCAAGUUUCUCUAUCACAGCUUCUGUAUGACCACUGGGCAAAAUGACACUAGAAUUGAACGCAAUGUGGAUGUUUUAAAUAAAUAAUUUCUCACUUAUUUGGUCUUAUAAAUGUUACAGCUUUAUUAUGUACAUGUGUAAUGUGUAAAUACUAAAUAGAAAUGUAUAUUGAGUGAAAUGUUUAAUAAAGAA